AUGAGCGGUGCGGCGUCUCUGCACACGUUGCUGCCUUCUCAGCUUUUUCCUUCCUUCUUCUCCUCCCCAUCUCUCCCCCUCCCCCGGCCUCUCCUGUACCCAUUUCCCCUACUCUCCUCCACGUGUACCACCCAGGGUGUGCUACGGGACCUCAGCAAGGGCCCGCCUGCCAUCCCCGUGCUCUCCCAAAUGCCAUCCGCGCCAUCAGGGAUGCAGCCUGGAGCAGCGGGGGCGGCAGGGGGCGCAGCAGGCGGUGCAAUGGCCGCGAUGCAUGGCAUGGCAGCGGGCAUGGGGGCUGGAGUGGGGGCUGGUGUUGAGGCGGAGGCUGAGGCAGCAGACUCCACGGAAGUGGGGUUCCCCGCCCAGCCCGCCCGCCUGCCCCCGCACCACCUGCAGCACCUGCACCACCUGGGCUUGGGCGCUCAGCACGCGGGGGAGGGGGUGGCGCAGGAGCAGCAGCAGGAGGAGCAGGAGGAGCAGGAUGGCAAGGGCCAGGAGCAGGAGCAGGUGACACAUGAGCUGCAGUUGUCUGAAAGGGAGCAGCAAGAUGGGGAUGAGGAGGGCGGGGUGGGAGGGGAGGGGCAGAUUGGGGUGAAGAGGAGGCGAGAGGAGCUAGGGGAGGGAGCGGAUGACACUGAUGGGGAGGAGGGAGGGGUGGGGGGGCGCACUGGGGGCGGUGGGGUGGAGGGCGGGGCGAGAGGGGGUGAGGAAGGGGGAGGGGGGGAGGGGGAGGGUGGAAUGGAGGAGAGUGCGUUUGGCAUGGGAGGGACCGAGAGGGGCCGUGGGGAUGGGCGGGGAGGGGCGGGAGAGUGGGUCAGGGAAGGGGAGGGGGAGGAGGGGGAGGACGCAGCGGAUAGAAGGGAAACGAGGUUGUCAGGAGAAGCAGAGGAGGAUGAGGAGGUGGAGGAGGGGCGGCAGCGGAGGGCAGGAGGCGAAGGGGUGGAGGAAGGGGAGAGAAGCGAGGGAGAGGGAAAGGUGGAUAGUCCGAGCUAA